AUGGCCAGUUUGAAGAAUGGGAAAAAAGACGAGAAAGACGACACUGACACGCAUUUCAUCGGUGCUGAGAGUGAUCCAUGGCAGCUAUUCAGCAACGAAGCGGGGGACUAUACGAUGCUCAAUGCGAUAGGCUACGGUGCGAGUUCCGUUGUCCACGCCGCCAGAUUCCACGGUAAGGGUGAUCGCCCGCGAGCCAUGUGUGCCGUGAAGGUGAUAGAUGUGGAUAAUUUCAACCGACACACGCUCGAGCUGUUGAGGAGGGAGCUGCAGCUGCUGUCGCUGUCCAAGCACUCGCAGGUGCUCAGAGUGCGCGGUAUGUGGAUGGAUGGUCCCCGCCUGCACAUAGCCACGAGACUGAUGAAGGCUGGCUCGGUGCAGUCGAUCCUACGCGACGCUUACCCGCAUGGCUUCGACGAGGUCGUCAUCGCCACUAUCCUCAAACAGGCCCUGCUCGGUCUGCAGUAUCUCCACUCGAACGGCUUCGUCCACCGCGAUUUCAAGGCGGGCAAUCUCCUCGUCGACGAGGAUGGCACCGUGCUCGUAGGCGAUCUUGGCGUCGCUUCUAACUUGAAUGAACACGAUAAUUCAAACAAACCGCAUCACGCCUCAAGCAUCCCCUCGCAAGGCUAUCUCGGCAGAAGACAGUCGUUUGUUGGCACGCCCUGCUGGAUGGCCCCUGAGGUGGUCGAGAGGAAGCGUUACGAUGCAAAAGCUGAUAUAUGGUCGUUCGGUAUUACUGCUCUCGAAAUGACUCUGGGGACUCCCCCGAAAGCGAAGCUGCCGCCAGUGACUAUCCUGAUGAAGACGAUCCAUGAGGCAUCCCCGACGCUUGAACAGAACCAGCUGCACUCAAAGUCAUACAGCUACUCGGGGGGAAUGAAGAGAGUGGUAGACUGGUGUCUGCGCAAAGACCCCAACCAGCGACCGACAGCGACGGAGCUACUGGCUAGUCCGUGGUUCAACAGCAAGGCGAAGAAACCAAACUACCUCGUCACCACCAUUCUCAACGGCCUCGCACCGCUAACAGAGAGGAUCGAGGCUAAGCAGAACAAUUCACCGAAUAUGACGCGCUCAGACAGCUUCAAGUGGGAUUUCACUACGAUAAUGCAGACGAUUGGCGGAAGUAACAGUGCUGACCGGCGGAGACAGCUGCUCAACUACUCGUAUGGAGAACAUCCUGUGGAAGAUAGCGUUGAAUUGGAUUUCAAAGAUGUCGUUUCAGCAGAGGCGGAGAAGGCGGAGAGGGCAGACAAGAAGCAGACAGCAGAGACGGAGACAGAGACAGAGACAGAGACGGAGACAGGAAGGGACAGUCCAGAUUUUUCAACCAGCUCGUCGUACAAAGAUGGUAAUGUGCCAGCGAGUGUGCCCAAGAGUGUGCCUACGAACAUACCACAGAGCCAUUCACUGAGCAUAUCGCAGUCGUUCCCCCGCGCGAACACUCAUCACAAUAUACCACCAACCCCCCCACAAACAUCCGACACCCUAUCCAAAUCGCUCGAGGCAAAGCACGACAAGAAGGGUACGAGUACGUUGAAGACGCGUUUCAAUAAAGUGAUGAAUAAGAUGAAAUGA